AUGGGGAAGUACAUAUUUCUUAAACUACCUAUAAUUUCAGGUCAUGUCCACAAGCAAGAGCCGCCAUGCGAGGUCUGCCCGCGCCACGGGAGGUGCGUCCACCGGGUCCAGUGUCCAGCUCACGUGAGAGCUGGCUCCUACAACCCUGAGUGUCAUCUGAACAAAGAGCAGCUGGGAGUGUGCUGUUUCACGGGCAGCGGCCAUGCUGCCGAAGCAGAACGUCGCGCACGCGCAUCCGCCUCCAUUAACCCUGAUGAUGUGAAGACCGCCCAUCAUCUGUCACGGAAGAAGUUGUCAGAAUGGCUAGACAAGGCGGACAAGCUGUUGGCUCAUAAGGAUUCGAUAGUCAAUGCGUCUUCACCAGGUUUUGGACAUCAUUUGUCCGUGAUGACGUCAGACAAGCGAGCUGAUAUCCUGGGGCGAGGUGGUCUUCUGAACUUGUUCGCGGCGCAGGAGCUGAAGUCUCGGCAGGCUAUAUCUGAUGAUGAACUUAACUUGGACCUCACUGAUCAUACUGAUGGCCCGUUCUGCCCUCCACCCCCCACUUGUCCAUCCCCACCCCCUCGCUACAGAAGUCGUGGAGGGGAGUGCAACAAUCCAGCUGCUCCGAGCUGGGGUGCUGUACACACAGGGUUUGAGAGACUGCUACCACCUGAUUAUAGUGAUGGUAUCUGGGCGAUGCGAGCCUCCACCCUUGGUCUCCCACUGCCAAGUGCAAGGGCGGUGAGCAGCGUCCUCAUCCUGGACUCCUCUCACCCGAGCCCCACCCACAACAUGAUGUUUAUGCAGUUUGGACAGUUCAUAGCCCACGACACCAGUGCCGGCGUCUUGUUCACCAUUGGUAAUGGAAGCGCAAUAUCCUGCUGUUCUGGAGACGGGGAAGCGUUUCUCCCCCCAGAGGUCCAGCACUGGGCUUGUGCCCCGAUCGCGGCUGAUCCAGCUGAUGACUUUUAUGGACAAUACCGCCACCAAUGUCUGAAUUUCGUCAGGACACAAUUGGCGCCUGCCAGCGACUGCUCCGUGGGUUACGCUAAGCAGAUGAAUGGCGCAACACAUUUGCCAGAUCUAUCCCAUCUAUACGGUACUACUGAAGAGAAGCUGUCCAAACUACGAGGUCCUGGUGGUCUACUGAGGACCUUCGUCGACUACGACCGGGAACUGCCCCCGCUCACUGAGAAACAGGAGUGCAUGACCAAUAAAGAUGGAGCUGCGUGUUUUGAAUCAGGAGACGGUCAUGGAAACCAAAUAAUAUCCCUGACGAUACUCCACACGAUCUUCACGAGGGAGCACAAUCGAAUAGCCAGGGCUCUGGCCAGAUUGAACCCGGACUGGAAUGAGGAUAUCAUCUUCUUGGAGACCAGGAGGAUAGUCCAGGCGGAAUUCCAAUAUAUAAUUUAUAACGAGUAUCUGCCGCUGCUUAUCGGACCGGCGUUGGCGCAAUCAUUCGGCCUGACUCCAUCUCCAGGGUACUCCUCCUCCUACGACCCUCACGUGAACCCGUCACUGACAGCAGAGUUCGCGACAGCCGCCAUGAGAUUUGGACAUUCAAUCGUCAAUGGAAAUAUCAUGGUUCCCAGCGUUCAAACUAACAGCGUUUACGAGACUAUAUCUAUCCCAGAGGUGAUGUUCCAGCCGUCCAGGAUGAGGCUGAAGGUGUUCCUUGAUCGGCUUUUAACUGGAUUGAGCUGGCAGCCGAUGCAGAGUGUGGAUCCGUUUGUCAGUGAAGGGCUCACCCGCUACCUCUUCCACGGUGGGAAUCCUUUCGGCUUGGACUUAGCUUCUAUAAACAUCCAAAGAGGCCGGGACUACGGCAUCCGUUCGUACAAUGAGUACAGGCGACUGAUAGGUCUACCGCCUUUUGUGGACUUCAAACAGUUUCCACCGAGUGCUGCGCAAAGACUAUCUUCUGUAUACUCAAGUCCAGAAGACAUAGAUCUCUGGGUGGGUGGUCUUUUAGAAGAACCACUGGAAGAAGGCGUCCUGGGACCCACUUUCGCUCAUAUUUUAGCUGAUCAGUUCUCCAGGUUCAAGAGAGGUGACCGCUACUUCUAUGAAUACGGGCCUGAUAUUAAUCCUGGGGCGUUUACAACAAGUCAAUUAGCAGAGAUAAAGAAGGUAUCUCUUGCGCGGAUCAUUUGUGACAACAGCGACCGGAUCGAACUGGUUUCACAGCCUCCCAACGCGUUCCUCAGAGCUGAUCUACCUGGGAACGAACCAGUCCCUUGCGAAAGUCCAGCAAUUCCGUCGAUGGACCUCAGCAGAUUCAAGGAGAUUUAGAUUUUAAUGCAUUUGAAUAAAACAUCAAAUUCUCUAACACUAGGCUAUGUAAUAUUAAUUACCCAUUAAAACUUGCUGUACUUUUGUCUUUAUUUUCUAUUUCAGCUAAAUUUUUAUUCUUAUUUUUAUCUAACUUAACUUAUCAUUCUGCAUUAAGUCUUAAGAUUACAAUUACAAUAGGUUCAGUUGUUUUUAUGUAUUCUAUUUGGUUUGCAAAAUAAAGUUCAGUACCAUCUUUACUUCUCAUUUCUUUAUCUUUUUCUAAUAGCACUUGUUCAUUCAACAUCUAAUGAUUUUACCUUUGACAACCCGAUUCUGUCACAAAAGCGAUCUUUAUAUCCUUUAACAAGGUACGUUUCAUAUUAUUAAGAUCAAUAGGAAUAUUUGAAUGUGUUUGUUUGUUAUUUGAUUGUGCAUGAGUUUCACCUUUUGUUACAUAAUCGUGCACAGAUGCUGAGUAAUCAUUAUUGUAAGUAUUGUUUGUUUCAAAUCUUUUCAUGUUUUCAUUUAUAUGUAUAUUAAGGUUAAUAUCAUUUUUAGUAUCUCAUUGGUGCCCGAACAGUGGGAUAGUAAAAAUCGUAUAAAAUGUCCAAAGAUUUGAUUCAAACUUAAUAUUGUUAUUGAUAUUUUCAAUCGUUAUUUGUGCUAUGUCGAAUAUUUUCUUAUUAAGUCUCUCUUUUUUAACAACAUUUGUUUCUGUUAUGUCACUGAACUUUGUUUUACAAUGGUCAAGAAAUGAACCUGGUUCAAUGAUUUUUUCUUUUAAAAAAUCCAGGAAUCGGGAGUUUUAUAGCUAGUGAUUGUUAUUGUAAUCUUCUUGACUUUUCAAUGUUGUGCUUUUUCAAAGUUAUUGUAAUUUUCUGGACAUAUCUUUUUUCUUUUGUUUGUUUCUGCAUUUAUAAAACUACUAUUAAUUAUGUAGAUUCGCCGUAAGAAAAAAAUUAAAUGCCCAUUCAUACAAAUUCCAGGUCUCAGUACCAAAUGUGUCGUGGCGAAACUAGGAGUAAAUUGGUUAUAGUAUAUUGAUUUAGUAUAAGCAAUACUGACAAUUUUUUUAUAGGGAAUUGAUAAUCUUGCUUUUGUGCCAUUAGAUUAAAUAACUUUAGUGUAAUUAAUGUUGCUUUACAAAGAAUUCAUGCUAUAAAAAGAACAAAAAGUUGGUAAAGGCGGUGGUCGAUUUGUAACUGCGUUAAUGAUCGUUUAUUAAAGCGAAAAUAUUUUCUUUUCAAUAGGUUUUUUAUUAAUAAUUCUGGUAAAAUUCUGUAAAUAUUUCAAAAGAAAUUGUAAUAUAGGCUUGUUCUCAGUUGUAGGGCGUAUAAUAUUUAGUGAAAAAGUUAAAAUUAGGUGAGAUGGAACACAAAAACUUAAUCCAAUAAUAAAUUUAAAAAAAUUCGUCUAAGAUACCUUAUCAAUAGUUAUUCGUUACUUCUUGUUACUGUGAUUAUAAUUAUUUGUAAAUUAAUCGGCUUUAUACUUUAUUUUAAGAAGAUAUGGAUGAUGAAUAAUGGGAAUGUUUGAAUUAUUGUAUAAAUUAAAAUUUUAAUAAUUUGAGGACUAAAAGAAUAAUUAAAAUAGAAUGUAAUUAUUUAUUUCUAGGGUGAUAUAUGAUAUAUGUUAUGUAGUGUUUAUAAUAAGAAGUACAGGUUGAAUUGAUGCGUAGGUAUGAAGUUUUAAAAAAUAUUUUAAGAAGAUAUAUGUAUAUGAAAAAUCUUUAAAUUGUUUUUAAUAAGGAGCGCUCCUUAACUAAAUGCAUGUUGAGUAACUAAAUGAAACCUAAUUAUAUGUACGUAUAGGUAUGUUUUUCUAUGUGUAUUUU